UUCCUUAUUUUCUGUCGUGAGUAACUUUAUCGACGAAUAUUUUCUGAGCAAUAUUAGCAUGCAGUUAGCUGGCCGCUGUCGGCUUCCAGCGCUGGUUGUGUAACUUUAGCGUGUAGCUAACAUUAGCCUCGUGUGUGAAGUUAAAAGGCUGAUACUCAGAACCAGAGAGUAGACCGCUAGCAGCCAUAACACAAAGGAGAUGUGUGUCUGGCUCAGGAGCCGGGUCAGCUAACAGCUGGGAGCUAACGCAGUAUCACUUCACAGAACGGCCGGCUGCCUGCUAGCUUUCUGGUACUUUCUUCGACAGUUAGAUGGCCCUGCUGCAGAUUACUGACAGUUAGCUAGUGACCUCUUUUCUGUCAGCAUGGAAGACGUUAACGGGGACUUGAACGCCAACUCGAGGUGCCAGAGCACCGGCGACCCGCAGCUGGACAAAGCGGUUUACCAGUGGUUGACUUGGGACAAGAACCGCUGGACUCGGGCUCAGGUGGAGGCUCUGGUGGCGGCGGGGCGUCUUGAUGAUUUGAGGAUGAGACUCUGCAGCAGGAUGAGCUUCGGCACGGCAGGACUCAGAGCCCCGAUGGGAGCCGGAUUCAGUCGGAUUAACGACCUCACCGUCAUCCAGUCCACACAGGGUUUAUAUUCGCACCUGUCCAGGUACUGUGCAGACUUGAGCAGCAGAGGAGUGGUUGUUGGUUUCGACACCAGAGGACAGGAGGAGAGCGGCUGCAGCAGUCAGCGUUUGGCAAAGUUGACGGCUGCUGUGAUGCUCAGCAGAGACGUUCCCGUUCAUCUUUUCUCCACGUUCGUUCCGACGCCAUACGUGCCGUACGCCGUGAAGAAGCUCGGCGCCGCAGCUGGAGUGAUGAUCACCGCUUCACACAACCCGAAAGAAGACAACGGAUACAAGGUGUACUGGUGUAACGGCGCUCAGAUCUCCUCACCUCAUGACAAGGAGAUCCUGCGAAGUAUCGAGGAACAGCUGGAGCCCUGGAGCUCCUCCUGCUGGGAGGAGGAUCUGGUGGACAACUGUUCCCUGAGGACUGACCCCCUUACCCAGAUCAACAGCUGCUACAUGGACGAGCUCACCUCCCUCUGCUUCCACAGGGACCUGAACAGAAGUUCUUCACUGAAGUUUGUCCACUCGUCGUUCCACGGUGUUGGACAUGUCUUUGUCCAGCAGGCCUUCCGCACCUUCGGCUUCACUCCACCGAUCCCCGUCCCAGAGCAGAAAGACCCCGACCCCAACUUUUCCACCGUCCGCUGCCCCAACCCUGAGGAGGGAGAGUCGGUCCUGGAGCUUUCUCUUCGUCUGGCAGAGAAGGAAGACGCUCACAUUGUUCUAGCGACGGACCCCGAUGCUGACCGUUUGGCUGUAGCGGAGAAGUCUGAAGGGUGUGGUUGGAAGGUGUUUACAGGUAACGAGCUGGCAGCUCUGUUGGGUUGGUGGAUGUUCUUUAAUUGGAAGGAGGGUCACCCAGAUCCUGCAGACUCUCAGAAGGUUUACAUGUUGGCCACCACAGUCUCCUCGAAGAUCCUGCAGGCCUUCGCUCGCAUCGAGGGAUUCCACUUCGAGGAAACUCUUCCUGGGUUUAAAUGGAUCGGGAACAGGAUUCAUGAACUCUCCAAGACAGGAAACUCAGUCAUAUUUUCCUUCGAGGAGUCGAUCGGUUUCCUCUGUGGCGGUUUGGUCCCUGAGAAAGACGGUGUGAGCUCAGCGGCAGUCGUGGCUGAAAUGGCUGCUUACCUCCACAACAAGAACUUGAGUCUGAACCAGCAGUUGCACAACAUCUACCAGACGUAUGGUUAUCACGUGUCUAGAACCUCCUACGUCAUCUGUAAUGACCCUCCCACCAUCCAGAAGAUCUUCAGCCGGAUCAGAAACUUUGACAGUGAAGGUUCGUACCCAAAGACAUGCGGCGGCGUCCAGAUCGCCCACGUCAGAGACGUUACCAUGGGAUACGACAGCAGCCAGCCCGACUUCAGAUCUGUACUUCCUGUGACGAGGAGCAGUCACAUGAUCACCUUUACUCUACAGAACGGCGUCGUGGCCACACUGAGGACCAGCGGCACCGAACCCAAAAUCAAAUACUACACCGAGUUCUGCGCUGCACCAGGGAACAGUGAGGUGUCCAGGCUGGAGGAGGAGCUCAGGAAGAUCACAGCUGCUCUGCUGGACGAGUUCCUAGAGCCUGAGAAGAACAACCUGAUUCGCCGCUGCAUCUAGCUCCACCUCCCACUUAUGUGAACCUCCGACAGCUGUUUCCUGUUCAUGAUGUCACAUCCUCUCAUGCUCGUAGAUGAGUCAGAGCAGCCGCUGCUUCACUCUGUGUCGUGCUAAAGCUCAUGCUGAGACUAAAUCUAUGAACUGGCUCAUUCAAAGACAGUCAGUAGAGAUGAAUAUUUAGCUUCAGGUGGUGUUCUUUGUCCUUCAUUCAUCAUCAUACAGCAGAGAGCACGAUGGGUAGAGUCUAACCAAAGAGUGAUUACUUUUCUUUGACUGCGAUUGGUUGUCAGGACAGAUGCUGUACAGCCACAGGAACAUUGAAGGAUUUAAAGUAUUUUCAUAGAAAUGAGCCAACAAAUUUACGUACAAACCGAUUAAAAUCAAAUAUUUGCUUUCAAACUCUUUCAAACAGAAGCACAACAAACACUUCAAAUAAAUUUAUAUGUAAGUUCAUCACUGACAACAGUGGCCUGUUGCUGCUGACAGUUAGUCAAAACUCUCAUAAGAGAAUUUCCUCCUUUCAGCAAAAUCCUUUUUGUUUGUUUAAACACAAACCAAAUUAUUCAGUAUCAACACGAAUCUGUCUACGAUCUGUCAUUGUUUAGGUUCCAGACUGAGGGCCUGAUUGGAUUUUGCUGAUAGUUUGAAAUCUGUUGCUGUUUUUCCAGAUUCACAUUUCACUGAAAGUCGAGGAGGCUUUCAGUAAAGUGCCUCAUGUAAACUGUGAACCAGCAUUGAUUUUUAGAUGAUUUUGAGGAUAAAAAAAAAAAGAAUAUGUGAAAAGCAAAAUAGCUUCAACUGAUCCAAUUUCCAAAAUUAAUUCUAAAGAUAUCAAUAUCUAACUUCUUCUCAAAAUCUGUCACACAGUCUUUGGGGUAUUUUCUUUAUCAUAAAUGCCUAACGUUUUCUGGUUGUAGCUCCUCAAAUAUGAAAACCUGCUGGUGAUACUAACAACGUGCCGUCACAUCAGAUUUGUUGUUCUGUUCAACAGUUUUGUCAUUAAUGAACUUCCAUAUGAAUGAAUUCAAAGGUGGAUCCCUUUACCAAACAGAAAAUCACCUCUUUAUCCUCUCGCUUUAUAUUUUUGAUGUUUAGCUGAAUGUUGAAGUUCCCCUUCACACAAUAUGGAUGUUAUUUAUUUUUAUACUUGGAGAGAUAAAAUAUAUUUAUGUGGUAGUAGACGUUGUACAGAGGACGUGAUGCUGUUGAUGGUGUCACUUGUUGUGUUUAAGCAUCAUUGUGCUCCAUGUAGAAAACCUCUUUUUGUUUUGGUGUUGUGGACAGAAGACAGAGUGAGAUCUCUGAUUGUACUGUCAUGUUACAAAUACUGCUGUUAACGUGGUUCUCUGAUAAUUUACAAACUCAAAAAUAAUAAAAAAAAUGUAAAUUGUG